GCUGUCAUCGCCUCGCGCGGAGAGUAGGGUGGUGUUUAACGUGGCAGGAAAAUAAGCAUUUGGACAUAAUUCCUAAAAGAUGGCCGGCGGGGCGGGCUCCAUGCGUAUCCUGAUCAAGGGCGGUAAGGUGGUCAACGAUGACUUCACGCAGGAGGCCGACGUCUACAUCGAGAACGGCGUCAUCCAGCAGGUGGGCAAGGAGCUGAUGAUCCCGGGCGGCGCCAAGGUCAUCGACGCCACGGGCAAGCUGGUGCUGCCGGGGGGCAUCGACGCCAGCGUCCACCUGCAGCAGAGCUUCAUGAACGCGGCCAUCCAGGAUGACUUCUACAGCGGGACCAAGGCUGCACUGAUGGGUGGCACCACAAUGGUGAUAGCCCACGUGUUGCCUGAGAGGGACUCGUCUCUGGUGGACGCGUACGAGACAUGUCGCUCCCUGGCCGACGCCAAAGCCUGCUGCGACUACGCCCUGCACAUGGGCAUCACCUGGUGGGGAGUCAAGGUGCGUAACGAGAUGGAGUCGCUGGUGCGGGAGCGCGGGGUCAACUCGUUCCAGAUGUUCAUGGCCUACAAGGACACGAUGAUGCUGCGCGACGCCGAGCUCUUCCAGGCGCUCCAGACGUGCAAGGACAUCGGCGCCGUCCCCCGCAUCCACGCCGAGAACGGAGAACUGGUGCUGGAGGGGGCAAAAGAAGCACUGGACUUGGGAAUCAGUGGACCAGAAGGAAUUGAGAUUAGCCGCCCAGAGGAGCUGGAGGCAGAGGCCACCCACCGAGCCAUCACUAUCGCCAACAGAGCCCACUGCCCAGUGUACCUGGUGAACGUGGCCAGUAUGAGUGCUGGAGAUGUGAUCGCAGCUGCUAAGAUGCAGGGUAAGGUGGUCCAUGCGGAGACGACGGUGGCCCACUCGGUGCUGAGCGGGAUGCACUACUACCACCAGGACUGGGUCCAUGCGGCCGCCCACGUCAUGGCCCCACCCCUCCGCCUCGACCCCAACACCCCCAACUACCUCAUGAGCCUGCUGGGAAAUGACACUGUGAACGUGGUGGCGUCCGACCACCGUCCCUUCAGCACCAAGCAGAAGGCCAUGGGCCGCGACGACUUCACCAAGAUCCCCCACGGAGUCGCCGGCGUGCAGGACCGCAUGAGCGUCAUCUGGGAGAGAGGAGUGGUGGGAGGGAAGAUGGAUGAGAACCGCUUCGUUGCCGUGACGAGCUCCAACGCUGCUAAGAUCUUCAACCUGUACCCCCGCAAGGGCCGCAUCAUCCCCGGGGCCGACGCAGACGUGGUCGUCUGGGACCCUGAUGCAGCAAAGACCAUCUCUGUGAGCACACAGGUGCAAGGUGGGGACUUCAACCUGUACGAGAACCUGCGAUGCCAUGGCGUUCCCCUGGUAACCAUCAGCCGCGGCCGACUUGUGUGUGAGAACGGAGUCUUCAUGUGCGCUGAGGGUUCUGGGAAAUUCUACCCCAUGCGGACCUUCCCCGACUUCCUUUACAAGAAGAUGGUGCAGAGGGAGAAGUGCCAGACACUGAAGGGGGUGGACAGGGCCCCCUAUUCCGGAGAGGUUGCCACGGUGACCAAUUCCUGUAAAAAGGAAGUGUGCCUCCCGGACGGUGACGAGCCUCCGGCCCGCGGAGUGGCCAGACACGGAGGAGUGAGGGACCUGCACGAGUCCAGCUUCAGCCUCUCAGGCUCUCAGGUAGACGACCACGUCCCAAAGAGGUCCUCUGCCCGCAUCCUGGCCCCACCCGGAGGCCGGUCCAGCGGCAUCUGGUAACCAUGGCGACGGCACAUCAGGCUGAGGGCCUCCACUCCGCACACCCUUUAUAUCCGUGUGUCUCUCACCCACCCAGAAACCUGCACUGAUUCUAUAGGCAUCCACUGGUUCUUCUCCAACACCCCCAGCACUAUACCACAGACAGGGCAUAAGACAGACUACACACGGGGUCCACCUUUAUGAUUUGCAGUACAGGAGUACAGGAGAGGGUUCUCAGUUAAGGAUGAUGGGUCUUCAGUGGAGUGGAACAAACAGACCAAGUCUUCUGCCAGUUUAUGUAUUUUGCUCAUAGAAAUCCUAAAUGAAUUGUAGUGUAUGUGUUGCUUCUCUAAAUAUCAGAAAGAUAUAGCACGAGUACUAUUGUGGAUUAGUGGACUCACAGACUAAAUGCACACAGUUAUUGACACCUUGCAAGGAAACACUCUCACCCAGGUAUAGGAACAUAGACACACAUACACACACCGUGCUGUGCUAUACUGUAGAUGUAGGCUCGUCAUGGUACAAUAGGCCUUUUGUCCUGACGUUCUCACUCUCGUUGUUGUUAGAAAUGGUCCCUUCCUCGGGAGAUUUGUUUUGUGUUAUCCGUCACUUUACGCCUCUCAGCUCCGACUUCUUGUCCAGACCCGACCCGAUGAUAUAUUUGGAAGUGUGUGUGUCCACCCCUCGGAAUCAGUCAUCCCGACCUCGUGUUCACCUUUGUAUACCUUGUCCUAGCACUUACUUGAUGAAGGAGAGUAUAUUAUACUUCUACUAGAUUCCACGUUGAACUGUUCAUGUUGAGUUGGAUCUUCUUAGUUAACGCAGGUUGCAUGUGUGGUGAUGAAGCUCAGCUGCUGCCUCCAGGGCUCAGUGAGAACGCUCUUGUUUCAGACUCACUUUUUCAGGCCCCCAAACUCUGGGUGUGAAAACAAAUCGGUACCCACUGGUAGGAGCAGGGGGAAUCUGUGAGAAGAUGUUGCAGACGCAUUAAGAACACAACGCAUGCUCACCAAGAGCUCUGUGCCUAGCUAUUCACAGUUAGAUAAGAAGGGUUUGAUUACAGUUGUGACCUUAGUAAAAGAACUGAAGAGUACUGUUAAGUAUUUUAAAAGGUAUAUUUGACAUGAUAUAGGCAUAUACCACAUACUAUUCAGUGUGUCUCCCUAUACUAGACUUUGCACUUUGAUUCAUUCACAAAAAAGGGACCAAUUUGCCUGUCCUCUCUGUUAAAAUGCAACAUGAAACGCGUGACACAUUUGCUUAGCUGGUGUUUGCCUCUUUUAACGUAUUUCUAUAACUCCUUUAACAGCUGACCUAUGCAUGCAGACACCAUAUAGCCAAUAUAGGAUCAACAUACGCCAGGUUUUAAUAUUCACAUUGUUUACGUCAUGCUUAAUGGCAUCCCUCAAAGGUGAUUAUAAGUGCUUGUGGAAAUUAUGUAAUUUCUCACGCAUGUCUAACUGCAGUACACCUGAAAGUGGUGGUUUGUUUAGCCCAUAUUAACAUAAUUAGGGACUAGGGGAGAUCAGUAUACAUUAACCUGCUCCUCUUAUAUCCCCCCGUAUCCUCUCUACGUGGUUUGUAGUUAAGCAUACUAGUUAGUUAGACAUGGUUUGUUUUUAAACAUACUAGUUAGACAAAAAUCUGAGCCUUCAACAUACAUGGCCUCCACUGCCAUCUGUGUUUGCUGUGAGCACUGCACACUAAAAACCCUCUGAAACCCUUAGCCUUAACACACACACACACACACACACACACACAUGUGCGCGCACACACACACACUGACUAACACAUGCAGAAAUACACUCGCUGGUGCACACUCGCGCACACACACACACACACACACACACACACUGACUCACACAUGCAGAAAUACACUUGCUGGUGCACACACACACACACACACACACACACACACACACACACACAGUACGACACACAAUCUAAUGCCAACUCUUUUACAUACCUCCUCCGAACACCAGUACAUUCUCUGUUCAUAUUUAUUUGGACAUUCUCACGUCACAACAGAGCUUUUCCUCUCUUAACGCAGUGGACACUCCUCCGACAGACAUGGGGCAGCUGCGUAGUACUAUUCAUAACAUGGACAACUCAUGAUAUAGACAGAUGGUGUAGGAAUUAGGAAACCCACAAUGGCAUGUCGCUCUAAACUCAAACACACAUAACCACCAUGCAUACGACGAUGUUCAGAGCGUUGCACUAUCGUAAACAGAUUUGGGUAGGGUUUUGGCUGACAUCUCUCUCCUUCUCUGCUAAGAGUACAGGAGUGUUUGCUUACCAGUGGUACCUCUCCAUUUUUGCAGUCCUCUGUCCUCUUGAUGUACGUUCACUGCAGAGCAAAAAGCUGAUUGAACCGCACAUAGGCCACGCCUCCUCAGAGAGAGUUAUGUUUUAGUGUCUCUCAUUCCAGUUUUUCAUGUGUCUGUGUCAUCAUUAUUGUUUACACUUUUAAUGUAAGUUAAUAAUAACAAGGCAGGUUUUUUUUGUUCUGUUUUGUUUUGUGAAGAUAUUUCUUGGCCAAAACCAGUGUUAGUGUUGGUGCUGAUUUAUAUAUA